UGUGGCCUGUGGGAGAUCACCUGGGGUUGAAGCGGCGAGCCCCAAGCAUCCCAUCUAGAUCCGCCAGUUUCUUCUUCACAGAAACCAAUUACUUGUGCUUUCAAGUGCUUGCCUGUCGCUGCAUCGUUUCUUGAUUCAUUCCUUUUUCUACCAAGAAAACUAUGGCAGUCGGGGAGGCCUUACUUUCUGCAUUCCUCCAAGUGCUGUUUGACCGGCUUGCGUCUCGCGAUUUGCUCAACUUUGCAUGCCGCGAGGGACUCCGAAAAAAGCUAGACAAAUGGAGGAAAAUGUUAAAAAGAAUUCAGGCGGUCCUUGAUGAUGCGGAUGAGAAGCAGCAUACUGACAAUGAGGUGAAACAAUGGCUGGAUGAUCUCAGAGACUUGGCUUACGAUGUGGAAGACAUACUCGAUGAGUUCAUCACGGAUGAUUUGCAUCGCAAAUUAAGGGGAGGAAAUCAGACCGGGACAAGUAAGGCACGAAAACUCAUUUCUUGGAAUCCAAGAGCUUUUAUGAUCAAAUAUAGGCUGGAGUCAAAGAUAAUGGAGAUCGAUGCUCGAUUCAAAGCUCACGUGACACAAAAAGGCGAACUGAAUUUGGGAGAAAAUGUUGUUAGGAGAUCUUGUGAAACAAAACGGACGCUGGCCCCAACUUCUUUAGUGAAUGAAGCUCAUGUUUAUGGCAGGGAAAAAGAUAAAGAUGCUGUACUUGAGUUGUUGCUGAAUGAAAAUUUUAGUGGCCCUGAAGUCUCUGUGAUUCCUAUACUUGGUAUGGCGGGUAUGGGAAAGACAACUCUUGCCCAACUUUUAUUCAAUGAUGAAAAAGUGCAAAGCUUUUUUGAUCUAAAAGCAUGGGCUUGUGUUUCUGAAGAUUUCGAUGCUAUUCGAGUCACAAAAACAAUUUUGAGAUCCCUCACCUUUACAAGCCGUGAUGACAAUGAUCUAAAUUUAUUGCAAGUUGAACUAAAGGAGAAACUGAAAGGGAAGAAGUUUCUAAUCAUUUUGGAUGAUCUUUGGAAUGAGAACUACAAUGAUUGGACUAUCUUACGCGCUCCUUUCGAAGCAGGAGCUCUCGGAAGUAGGAUUGUCAUCACAACUCGCAAUCAGGAAGUUUCGUCAAUGACGGGUACCAUUCCAGCUUACCAUUUGCAAGUGUUGUCAAAUGAUGCUUGUUUAUCUAUAUUUACUCAACAUGCCUUAGGGGCAAGCGACUUCAGUGCACAUGCCAACCUUCAACAUAUUGGCGAGGAAAUCGUUAAAAGGAGUAAAGGCUUACCUUUGGCAGCAAAAACCCUCGGAGGCCUCCUACGAACUAAAUUGGACCCUGCUGAGUGGGAUGAUGUAUUGAAGAGCAAGAUAUGGGAUAUACCAGAAAGGAGAAGUGGAAUAGUUCCAGCUCUUAUGUUGAGCUAUCAUCAUUUGCCUUCACAUUUAAAGAGAUGCUUUGCAUAUUGUUCAAUAUUCCCCAAGGACUAUGAAUUUGAGGAGAAGCAACUGGUUCUGUUAUGGAUGGCAGAAGGUUUAGUUCAGCCACAAGAAAGUGAAAAGCAAAUGGAAGACUUGGGUAGCGAGUAUUUUUGCAAUUUGUUAUCAAGAUCCUUUUUCCAACAAUCAAGCAUAAGGAAAUCACGUUUUGUGAUGCAUGACCUCAUCAAUGAUUUGGCUCAAUGGAUUGCUGGAGAUAUAUGCUUUAGAAUGGAGGAUAGGUUCGAGGGUAUCAACGAAGGGAAAAUUUCUAAAAAGGUUCGACAUUCGUCUUACCUAGAUCGCAAUUAUGAUGAUGCCACUAAAAAGUUUGGGGCAUUUUCUAAACUCACGUCUCUACGUACCUUCUUGCCUCUUAUGCUUCCAAAUCUUUCGUCUCUUACGCCCCCUAAGAGAUGUUAUUUUCCUAAUCUUCCUCAGUUGUUGCCAAAAUUACGAUGUUUAAGGGUGCUCUCUUUCCGUGGAUAUUACAUAACUGAGCUACCAGAUUCAAUUGGUGAUUUGAAGCAUCUACGAUAUCUUAACCUUUCUAACACUCGAAUUAGAGUUUUGCCUGAUUCUACAACCUCUUUAUGCAACUUACAGACAUUGUUAUUGAAGGAAUGUUGUUAUCUAGAGGAAUUGCCUUCAAAGCUGGGGAACCUAGUCAAGCUGCGCCACCUCAACAUUCUGAAUGCAUAUCGAUUGAAAGGGAUGCCUCCGCAAAUAGGUAAAUUGACUUGUCUCCAAACAUUGUCUCAUCUAUUUGUGGGAAAUGAUAGUUGCUCUGGGUUGAAUGAACUAGGGCCUUUGUUGCAUCUUCGUGAGAAACUCAUCAUCUCACGAUUGGAGAAUGCAAUUGAACCCAUGGAUGCAAGGGAUGCUAAGUUAAUUGAAAAACCCAAUCUUACACAAUUGUGCUUGGAAUGGAGUAGGAACAUUGAUGAGUCACAAGACAGAACAAUUGAAGUACAGGUACUUAACAUGCUACAGCCUCACAAGGCUUUGAAAGAGCUCACUAUCAUGAGCUAUGGUGGUAUAGAAUUUCCUACUUGGUUAAGAGGUUAUUCAUUUCCUGAUAUGGUGCUCCUUAGGAUUGAAAAUUGUAAAAGCUGCACAUCAUUGCCACCAAUUGGCCAACUACCAUCACUCAAAUAUCUUUUCAUUGAAGGCAUGGUCAGUGUGAAGAAUGUUGACCUUGAGUUUUAUGGGGAAGGUUGCUCACAACCUUUUAGAUCCUUGGAGACUUUGUGUUUUGAGAAUAUGAAGGAAUGGGAGAGUUGGAGUCCUUGUGGAGAAUUCCCAAACUUGCGUAAGCUUUCUAUUCAAUAUUGUCCCAAGCUGUUAGGGAAGUUACCAAACCACCUUCCUUCACUAAAAAAAGUUUUGAUAAGUGGAUGCCAAGGGUUGGUGGUUUCAAUUUCAAGCUUUCCGGAGCUCUGUGAGCUAGAAAUUGAGGGAUCGAGAGGGGUGGUGCGCAGGAAUAAGGUUGACUUCAGCUCACUAAACUCCAUGUCUCUUUCAACAAUUUCAGAAUUCAGAUGUCCAAUAGAAGGGUUUAUUCUGGAUGUAAAAGAUCUAGCUAUUGGGAAUUGUGAGGAGUUGAUGGCUUUGUGGUCAAAUGAUGUGCGAUUACUACAAACCCUCCCCUGUCUACGUGUUUUGAGGAUUUGCAACUGGCCGAAACUAGUUUCUUUGGUGGCAGAAGAAGUAAAAGAGCAGCUACAAUUGGGUUUGCCUUCCACAUUGAGAAAACUUAUUAUUUCUCAUUGCAACGGCAUGGAAUCUUUACCCAAGGCAAUGAUGUACAACUACACAAUUGUUCAACAUAUUGAGAUUAGUAAAUGUGAUUCGUUGAUGAACUUUGCAACUGGCCAACUACCUUCAACUCUAAAGGGGCUAAAGAUAAGUGAAUGCAAGAAUAUGCUGAUUUUGCUGGAUGGGGAUGAUACCAACGGUUAUAGUAGCAGCACAUCUCUUCUUGAGUACUUGAUUAUUUUGGAUUGUCCAUCCCUCAAAUCCUUAAUCCCAAGCGGAGAAUUACCUGCAGCACUUAAACACCUCAGGAUUAGUUCUUGUGCAGAGUUGGAAUCAAUAGCAAAGAGCUUCCAUCACAACUCGUCUCUUGAGAGCAUUUGGAUCUGUGAUUGCGAAUACCUUAAAUUGUUACCCAUGGGCAUACACACCCUCUGCUUUCUAGACAAGGUUGAAAUUCAUAGUUGCCCAACUCUUGUUUCCUUCCCAGACGGAGGGUUGCUCCCUGGCAACCUUAGAGUGCUGAUGAUUUCCAAUUGUGAGAAAAUGCAGGUCCUACUCAAGUGCAUACACAACAUCACCUCUCUUCAAGAAUUGAGAAUUUGGAAAUGUCCAAGCGUUGUAUCCUUUCCAGAUGAAGGUUUUCCCACCAACCUAACAUCACUUGAAAUUUGUGAUUGCAACAUCACUGAGGCCUUGCUUAAGUGGGGGUUGCACAAGCUUACCUUUCUUCAACAACUUAAAAUUAGUGGUGGAUGUCCAGAUUUGGUGUCCUUUCCAGAGAUGAUGUUGCCUGCCUCUCUAACCACAAUUACCAUCAUAAAUUUGCCUAAUUUAAAAUGCUUAUCUUCCAAAGGCUUUCGAGACCUCGUCUCUCUUACAACACUGAGAAUCUGUCGGUGCCCCAAUCUCGUGUCUUUUCCAGAAAAUGGCUUGUCUUCUUCACUCUUGGAUCUUCGAAUCGAUUGCUGCAAAAAGCUUACAUCCUUUCCAGAUGAUGGCCUGCCUUCGUCACUCCAGACACUUUCUAUUUGGCAUUGUUCUGUGUUGAAAGAACGCUGCAAGAAAGAUGAAGGACAAGAAUGGUUCAAGAUAGCCCACAUCCCUUGCGUUUUGAUUGAUGGCGUUCAUCUAUGACCCAGAAAAAGGACAAUAAGGAAUCCUAGUUUUAUUUAGAAACUUUGCAAGUGUCAAAAAAUAUAUACAAAGGCCAAUUUAUUGCCACAUCACUUCUUUUGCUUCGGCCUCUUCCUUGAUUUCUGUUGGGGGAGACUCAUGGCAUCCCCCUGGAAGUGGCGGAAUUGCUUCUCAAGAAGAGGCUCCUCUGAAGAGGCCUUUGAACUAAAGCAGCAACAGCCAACAGGAGAACCAGGUCCAACAGAACAUGCUUGCUAAGUAACCCAUCAUCCUACAGAAUUUUGCUUUUAAUCUCUAGAAGUGAAAUGAAUAAUAAAAUAGAGUUUAUGUUUGCCUAAGAAACAAUUUGGGUGUUUUGAAACUUGGGUUUGUAUCGGUUGUCUUGUUAGUUAAGUAGAGUUUCUUGUAGUUUGAAUGUUUGCUUGGGAGAGAUCCUGUUCUUCUUAUUUCUUGCUGCCAUUCUUGUUGGUUUGCUGUUGGGGUUGGCUAUUCGUGUUUGGUUUGCAUGACGGCCUCGUGAUGUUUGUUAUAAUGUCGAAGUGACCAACUGCGAGAGAAGGCCCCUGAACAUUUGAGUUUCUCAUUACCAAUAGGCCCAUUGCUGGCGAUAACAGAUUCAACAAAUCACUGGGACCCCCAAAAGAGUAUCUGAUUAUGAAGACAGUGCCUUUGUAGACCUCACAAAGAAGAAGAGGAAACCUGGUACCUGUGCAACCAAAGUUUUCAAUGAUGAAAAUGCUGAUCCUGGAGAGGAUAUUGAUGGUAAGGAUGAAGAAGGGGAAGAGAUUACCUUAAUGCAGCAUCCCAGGAACAAACUGACCAAUAUUAUUAUUAUAAAGAGGACACCUGGCCUCUCUCUCUUCUUUCUUGCUUCCCUGCUCCUCCCCAUCUACCAUCACCCAUUCCAAGUAGGCAACUUCUCUCUUCCGCAUGCAGUCAUCUUCUGGACGCACAACCAAACGGGCUACCAGAUCAGCAAAGCAAAUAUCAAGCAUAUUUAUGGCGAUUUAUGAGGUUUGGAUUUUGCUCAAACUUCUAGAAAACUCGAUAUCGCACUCUCAAGGUAGAGAGAGCAUGAAGAGAUGAAAGAUGCUGACAUUGUAAGCUUACUAAAAUGGUUUACUAGAUUCUCUUGAACUAGAUCAUCAUCCUUAUUUUGAGGCAAGCAUGAUGUACUGGAGAUUGCAGCAAUAGGCAGAGGAGUUGGCAAAUGUUUUGUUGCUUUUCGUUUGUCGAGUAAAAGGCAUUUUGAAGAAAGGAAUUGAGGAGACGUGUGCAAAUUAAUUCUGAAGAAUUAGAAACAACGCUAAUUUUGAAUUUUGUACAUCUUGUGGCUAAAGGAACAAUUGUCAUUUGGUGUUUACUUUAGGUUUUUGUUAAGGAAGCAAUGCUGCUGCUAUGAGUUGCUUCCAAGUUGUAACGUACUAAACAUUGUGUAUUAUUUUAUUUUGGAUUGAGUUAAAAUGUCGUUUGAUUGUA